UGUCACUUCCUCCCUAACAAAUUAGUCAAGUCUAUGACAUGUAGUCUAGUUAGAGAAAGAGAAAGAGAAACACUACUUCACUCAUCAUCUACAUACAUUCUAUAUCUCUCUUAUUUAAUUUCUCCAAAUUCCAAAACUCCGGCCAUAACAUCUUCUUCUCCAAAUUAUAAAGAGGAUUUGAAUUAGAAAGAAAAGUGGAUCGGAGAUGACUUCAAUGGCUCCUCCUCCUCAUCAAGUAGAAUCUUCUCCUCCAAAUAGCAAUGGGAGUAGCACUAGUACAAUUAGCAAUAACAAUGGUACUCUAACCCCACCUUUGACUCCCAAAACCCUCUCCAGAUCUGAAGCUAAUAACCCUUAUCCGACAACCUUUGUCCAGGCUGACACUGGCACAUUCAAGCAGGUUGUCCAGAUGCUCACCGGCUCAUCGGAAACUGCUAAGAAUGCCUCUUCUUCUAAACCCUCAGAUCCGCCGUCUUCCUCCGCCGCCAAGCCUUUCUGCGGCGGUAUACCUCCCAAGAAAGAAGGGUUCAAGCUCUACAAGAGAAGGAAUAGCCUCAAGAAUAAUAAUGAGUUAAUGAUUAGCCCUUUGAUUCCCGGCGUCGGCGCCGGCUCGGCUGGAUUCUCGCCGAGGAAGCCGGAGAUUCUGUCGCCGAGCAUUCUUGAUUUCCCGUCGCUCGUUCUUAGCCCGGUCACGCCGUUGACCGAAGACCCGUUUUACAAGUCGUCGGAAGAGGAGAAAGCCAUAGCGGAGAAGAAGUUUUACUUGCACCCAUCUCCUAGGGCUAACGCCGCAACUCCGCCCGGAGACUCCGACCCACCUCAGCUCUUACCUCUCUUUCCGGUCAGUUCGCCCGGAGCCGACUAACCGGCUCCGAUCCUCCUCUCAUCUCAUCUUGUGGAUACAUUCUUAAUUACUGUAUUGCCAUCAUCAAUUCAUCUAGAAAAAAAUCUUGUGUAAUUUCAUUUCUAUUCUUCCUCGUGUCCAUGCUUCAAAUAAUAAAAUUACAAGUUGAACAACUCUGGGUAGUAUUCACUUAUUGACUUUCUAAAUUUAAGUAAGUCAAUUAUGAGCAACCUAAACCUUGUUUACUUCUUGUGUUUGAUCUUCAAUGUCUAAAGUCACAAGAUAGAAUGUAAUCAGUACACACUAUUCAAUAGUGAUUACGAGUUUCACCGUCACCCAAACAAGUAACAAGUGCUGCCACUCUUCAUGGUAUUGUUUGUA